UUCUAACUAAGGCAAACAGUUCGGAGUAAAUCACAUAAGCGAUUGCAUCAUCUCCAGUGAGUCAGCGAGAAAAUAUUUCAGUUUCCACAAAAUGUUUCGUCAUCACAAAUACUUUGGAAAACAAGCGUUUUUCGCCAUUAUAACGGUUCAAUUGCUUGCAUUGUCGCAUGCAAAAGUGAUCAGCCAGUGUAGCUCCGAAGCAGGAGUAUUUAAGACGAAUACCGACGCAACAUGCAACACACAAUAUCCUUUCAUUUACUGUAACGGAGCAAGUUCGGCCUAUUGUACGAGUGAACUGUGCUUAGAAGGAAACGAGUGUAACAGUGAAGCUGUUGCUGAUGUACCAUCUGCUCCUGUAACACCUAUAACACCAGUAACGGUUGCACCGACACCGUCUCAACCGAUAACACCAGCAACAGUUGCACCGGGAUCUGUUCCAGCGACCACACCACCAACAGUUGCACCGUCACCGGCUCAACCGAUGACACCAGCAACAGUUGCACCAUCACCGGCUCAACCGAUAACACCAGCAACAGUUGCACCAUCACCGGCUCAACCGAUAACACCACCAACAGUUUCACCGUCACCGGCUCAACCUAUAACACCACCAACAGUUGCACCGGGAUCUGUUCCAUCGAUAACACCACCAACAGUUGCACCGUCACCGGCUCAACCGAUAACACCAGCAACAGUUGCACCAUCACCGGCUCAACCGAUAACACCAGCAACUAUUGCACCGGGACCGGCUCAACCGAUAACACCAGCAGCAACUACACCGGCAGCUGUUCAAACUACGACCGAAACUACGGCUACCAUUAGAGAAAAAUGCACAGUUAACAAGAAAUUUUCUGUACCCUACUUUGGCAGUUGCCGUUAUUUUUACCAUUGCGUUAAUGGCUACUUUGGAAUUGGAGAUUGCGGUUUCUACAUGUACUUCGAUGUCAGCGAAGGCAAAUGUAAGAUUAGAACACAAACGAGCUGUCAGUAGAAGAGUCAAUCUGCGACAUAAACUGGACUGUGGUCUAUUAAUAAUGAUAAUAAUUCUAUGAAAAAUAACUCGAGAACCAUAAAUAAAUUUUGAACGA